AUGGCCCCAUGGAUUAGUAUAAAAUGGUAUAGCGUGUACUUGACGACACGAGGAAGGAGAUCUACGUCUACGGGCACUUUUAACCCCUCUACGCCGCUCUACGCCGCGCUCAACGCCGAGGGCGGCCUGACGGCCCGCGUCUGGUUCGACUACCACAUCAACCCACCUGCCGCGCCCGAAGAAGUGUAG